UGAACGUCCGUGGUGACACCAGAUGGAGGACUCCAGCUGCCCCUUGCUCGUGCUGCCUCGAACAACGACUUCAAGCACGAUCUACAAGCCCCCCGGCAGCCCUCUUCACGCCCUGCUCAUGGUUCUGGAGAGGACAAGGACGACGGUCGGUCGGCGGCUCCUGCGUCAAAGAGCUGGAAGAACCGUUGGGGUGACCAAGGUUCGACGGCCAAGAGCGGGACGGACGACCACCGCCGCUCCACCCAGUUUUUGCGAGGGCGCGGCGUCGGAGAUAACAGGCAAGGGCGAGUCGUGGGAAACCAGCGUACCAGGUCUUCGCCGGCGAGUCGCCAUCGCCGGAGCAGGAGUCGGAACGCAGAACGUCAACAACGCACCAAUCCUUCGUCUAGGCGUGGGCGCAGCCGGACCGGAGACCGUCGUGGGAGAAACACGCCUCCGUCUAGGCGUAGCCGCAGCCGGAGCCACAACCGGAUCGGGGGCAACAGCAGGGCGACCAGCACUGACAGCAGUCGCGGCGGAAAAGGGGGACGGAGGUCAGGCCAUGGUAGAAAACCAUCUGCGCAAGGAACCGGCAGGGCCCUCGACGUACGCCUUCUUCAUCCAAAAAUUGGCGGCUGCCUGGGACACUCAAGACAAGAGCUCGGGGAUUGAUCGUCUUCGCAGUUUUGGCGUAUCCAACGGCGAGACUUACGGAGAAUACAUUCGUCACUAUAAAGCUCUGGCCGUGACUGUCAUGGUUUCCCACCACGCGUUCAAGCCUUCGGAUGCGCAAAUGCAGAUAGCUGUUCGAGACUCCAUGUUGAAGCAGUUUCCGGUAGUGUCUGGGCAGGUGUACAAGGAUGAGCAGCUCUCCAUGGAAGCCCCUUUUGGGCAACAUGCUUCGUGUCUGGAUGAUAUGUGGGAUGUGUUGGACAAGCGUGCGUUCGCGCACACGCCGGCGGUGCAUGGAGAUGGUUUCUUUUCGGUAUCUUCCACGAAUGCUAGGAGUUCGUCUGCUGUUUCGUGUGCUGUAGCUUCUUCGGCGUUGCGUUCGACGGUGACCCCUUCGUGGAGCCAAGGUUCUUCGGCCACCGUGAUGAGUGUUGACCCCCUACCUAAUGAUGAUCAAGACCCGUUUCUGUUGCACUACAGCGACUAGCCGUUGCAAGGACACUUCCAAGAGGUGUACAACGUCGCUAGUGAGAUGGCUCUAACCAAGAAUGAUCCGCCAUUGUUCACCCCCUUGGUCUCGGCUGAAGAGCGCCGCAACGCGCUUCGACUGUACGAGGGCAGAGUGCCUCAACUGCUUAGGAGAAGACCACUCCUUCAAAUCCUGUAAUCGUGGUUUCGUGAACGCCACCGGCUUGCUUAACAAUGACAUCAAGCUCUGUAUGGAAAAAGAUCCCCCCCUUUGGGGUCGGUGGAAAAAGCGCAUGACCUCGUGUAGACGCCCUGCAGGACGCCACCCACAUCGAGAUCACCCCUUAGGACGCGCCCGCCGCUCAUCUGACACAUCGGACACGAAACAGUCCCCACACACAGAGCACUCGUCGGAGGCUUCCACUUCGACAAAAAGGGGCUGGAGGGGUAAGAAAUGACAAGCCGAUGGCGGAGUUCAGCCGGUACUACCGUCAACAGCAACCACCGUGCACCCUUUUGGAGUCUCCCAAGAUGUCCGUGUACAGCCUACUUCUUUGGAAACUCCCCACGCUCCUAAAUCACUUCUAGUUUUUCGGCCCGCCUCCUCGUCGUCCGCCUCAUCGCCUGCUGGGAAUGGACAUGGCAGACCCAUGUCGGCAGUACCUUUUGGGGUGUGCNCUACCGUCAACAGCAACCACCGUGCACCCUUUUGGAGUCUCCCAAGAUGUCCGUGUACAGCCUACUUCUUUGGAAACUCCCCACGCUCCUAAAUCACUUCUAGUUUUUCGGCCCGCCUCCUCGUCGUCCGCCUCAUCGCCUGCUGGGAAUGGACAUGGCAGACCCAUGUCGGCAGUACCUUUUGGGGUGUGCGCGACGGGGAGGCAAUUGCGUGAUCGCUCACCCAUGCUUGGCCGCCCGUGAGCUCAGCCCAGUGGGAGCCAUAUGACAACACCAUGGGCAAGAAAAAAAUCCCGUUGUUGCCCGUUGGUUUGGGAAUGCACCUCCACCCGUCCUCGACAACAUCUGAAGCUCGAGCUCAGCCAAGGGUGGGCUCCGAGACAAAAAGAGAAAACAGAGUUCAUAGGGCGUUUUCAACAAGGUGUCUAGCCGCUCAGCUCUGUACCAACAGUCAAUCACGCCACUGAUAUGGGGGCCUUUGUGGGAUACAGCAGAUGUCUCCGACCAAACCAGUUCGGGGGCGGUUCUGCAUGUGUGAAUAUUGACGGGUUGCGAAUGAGCCAUGUAUAACCCUUUCCAGAUAAGAGUCAAGCAAGGUAAGGUAUGAACACAUUCCCGAAACACUCUUUGUGCUGACAUUAUGGGGGGUUCACGUGGGACGUCCCCAUGCCCCACAGGCGUCCCAUGGGACGUCCCACGUGAACGCCCUACAAGUAGAAUGUCGGUACCCCGAAACCUCCGGGACAAGAACGUUCAUCUCGUCCGGCCCUGACAAAUCGUAAUCUUCUUUGGGGUGUAGCGCUUCACACUUGAACCUGCCUUCUGCAACAACACCGUACGUAGUGACACAUCGUCAACCAUUCAGUGGCACUCGUCGCCAACGAACGACACGAGGUUUGAGGCGAGCAAAUCUCUCUCACCAUUGAGCCCACGCAAACGCAACUCCUGCAACACAUAGACUACACACACCAAUAAAGAACGCAUUUUCGCAAAAUACGCGAGUUUCCCAACACUGUCUCCGAACGCGCGCGUACACACCCACAAGGUGUUGAAAUGCCACAGUUUGGUCUAGAGAUACACCCUCUGCCCCAAUGGGAUCUCUAUAUCACCAUCACACUUGUAACACCAUCAUGUCUCUUCCUCGUGUCCCAUCCGCCGAGCGGAACACGCCCUUCUGUCGGUUUUUGGUGCUCCAAACCGCUGGCUAGCAUGCUGCUGCCCACCAAGACGACCACCCCAGGCGGGCGGUACAGACGUGACACAAUCCGCCUCCCUCUUGCCAAUAAGAGUGCUCACCUCAAUAUUCACCCUAAGGUCACAUUCGCCCUAAUGAGGAAAGCCUGCAUCUUCCCGCUCCGCAUACGGGAAUCGCUGACACGCCGAGCUCUUGGAGAUAUGCUGACAGACGCUUUGUCUUCGAGCGUUCAAUCGACCCUCUCCCUUGAAAACUCUAUCCCUCUAAAAAAUUGCAUCCCACCAAAAAUAACGCCUCAUAAUACGCGGCCCGGUUUUUCCACUUCCAAAAAAACGAAAGGGCGCCGAAAGCCAAUAUCCCGCCCCAUUCCCAGCAACACAUGCCCGACAAGAACACCCAGUCGUGACCGUUGAGGGGUCGCGGGGGGGGGGGGCUUACGUGUUUCGCCGGUAGAAACGGCGGUGCCCCCGUCGGACGUAGACAACCCCUCCUGAAAGGGUCGUUUACCCCGAUCUAUGAUUCUCCUCGCAAUGCGCACAAAUAGUCCCAAAGGUUCUCAAUAGCCCCUCCAGAAGGUCGUCCUCUGGCGGCACUGCCGUCGGGAUCCAGGUUACUUGCUGCCGUAUAACAGAAUGCGAAGUGGUGUGGGAUGUUCGUUUUAUUUGUACGCCACUUCAACCCUGUUUUUUUUUGUCGCCGUACAACUUCCUCCGCCUACGGGUAAACGAGCUCGUGCCGUUGUCUUCGCCCCGGCCAAAAAUGCCAAACCGUGUGUUACAUCACAUCACCACACCAGCCGCGCCGGGGUAUGAAGGUCUUUCGCCGAGGCGGCAUUGGGGCGUAUCAGCUCUCCUCCCUGCCGACACCUCUGCCGAAAUCAUCGAAGGAAAAUCAGUCGCUCUUAACUUGAAGUCAACGCAAAACAACCACACACACAUGGAUGGCGACCUGUUCUACGUGGAAUUCAAAUCGUUCACCCUAGAUUGACAGAGCAAAGCAGAAAAUCACACACCUGAUGGCCGAGACCUUCCUUCAAGACAAAACAAACCACCAGAUACCCCCUCCCGCCCCCGGGAACAAUGCUCCGUCCUGUCGAGGACGCGUGGUCAAU